AGGAGAAGGCAGGAACAGGAUAUGUUUCAGCUUUUGGGUGGCUCUGGGAGGAGCAAGUGUUUAGUUUAAGGAGUCUUGAUAAAAUUGUUCCCUUCCUUCUCAGACGCAGACAGUGAGUUUCAUGGGGUGGAUUUUCUGCCAGAAGAUCUCACUGAGGCUCUGGAGGAGACAGGAAUGAGGGUGAACAAGAAGUACUCCUGUCUGCCUGCUGAGGAGAAGGGCAUCCACAUCAUCAACAUCCGAGCCAUCGAGGACAUCGGCUAUGACCAGCAUGAGAGCACGUUGUUAAAUUCCCUAUCUAAAAACCCGGAUGCUGACUGUAAAUACGGGCUCUACUUCCGAGAUGGCAAGAGGAAGGUGGACUACAUCCUGGUGUACCACUACAAGAAGUCCUCGGCUGGGAAGACUCUGGCCAGGAGAGCCCAGCAGAAUGAUGCCAGUGUCCGAAGCACCAAGCAGGACCAGCCACUCCCGGGGAAGGGGGUGCAGCUGGAGAUGGGUGACAGCGAACCUCACAUGGAUUACCACGAGGACGAUAAGAGGUUCCGCAGGGAGGAGUAUGAAGGGAACCUCGUGGAGGCUGGGCUGGAACUGGAGCGCGAUGAAGAUACUAAAAUCCAUGGGAUUGGGUUUGUAAAAAUACAUGCACCGUGGAAUGUUUUGUGUCGAGAGGCAGAAUUCCUUAAGCUCAAGAUGCCCACAAAAAAGAUGUAUCAGAUCAACCAAACCCAUGGCCUCCUGAAAAAGAUUAAUUCUGUGAUUCAAAAAAUAACAGAGCCCAUCCAGCCAAAAGUAGCAGAGCACAAACCUCAGACAGUGAAGCGCCUCUCCUACCCCUUCUCCAGAGAGAAGCAGCACUUAUUUGAUUUGUCUGACAAAGAUUCCUUCUUUGACAGUAAAACAAGAAGCACUAUAGUUUAUGAAAUACUGAAAAGAACGACGUGUACCAAAGCAAAAUAUAGCAUGGGGAAAGGAGAGGGAAGAAAGAAGGAAACUGCCCUUUUAAAUAAAAGACGAAAAUGUGGUAAAUAUGGAAUCACCAGCCUGCUUGCCAAUGGAGUUUACAGUGCUGCAUAUCCUCUGCAUGAUGGUGACUAUGAAGGUGAAAAUGUGGAGCCCAAUGACAGAAAACUGCUGUGUGAGGAGUGGGCGAGCUACGGAGUGUUUUAUAAAUACCAGCCCAUCGACCUGGUGAGAAAAUACUUUGGAGAGAAGAUCGGGCUGUAUUUUGCCUGGCUGGGAGUUUAUACACAAAUGCUCAUUCCAGCUUCAAUUGUAGGGAUUAUAGUUUUCCUGUAUGGCUGUGCAACUGUGGAUGAGAACAUACCCAGUAUGGAGAUGUGUGACCAGAGAAACAACAUCACCAUGUGUCCCUUGUGUGACAAAACAUGCAGUUACUGGAAGAUGAGCUCUGCUUGUGCCACUGCCCGUGCAAGCCAUCUGUUUGAUAACCCUGCCACUGUCUUCUUCUCAGUCUUCAUGGCUCUCUGGGCUGCCACCUUUAUGGAGCACUGGAAGAGAAAACAGAUGCGCCUCAACUACAGGUGGGACCUGACUGGGUUUGAAGAGGAGGAGGAGGCAGUCAAGGAUCAUCCAAGAGCAGAAUAUGAAGCAAAAGUUCUAGAAAAAUCAUUGAGAAAAGAGCACAAACAUAAAGAGACGGAUAAAGAGAAGCUGACGUGGAAGGACCGUUUUCCAGCCUAUUUAACCAAUUUUGUUGGCAUCAUCUUCAUGGUUGGGCUGACAUUCGCCAUCGUGUUCGGAGUGAUCAUCUACAGGAUCUCCACAGCCGCUGCCCUGGCCAUCAGCUCCACACCCUCGGGGCGCUCCAGCGUCCGCGUCACCGUCACCGCCACUGCCGUCAUCAUCAACCUGGUGGUCAUCAUCAUCCUGGACGAGGUGUACGGCUGCAUCGCCAGGUGGCUCACGCAGAUCGAGGUACCAAAGACGGAUAAGAACUUCGAGGAGCGGCUGAUUUUCAAGGCUUUCCUGCUGAAAUUUGUCAAUGCCUACACCCCCAUUUUCUACGUGGCUUUCUUCAAAGGCCGAUUUGUUGGACGUCCGGGCGACUACGUCUACAUUUUCCAUUCCUUCCGAAUGGAAGAGUGUGCCCCAGGAGGCUGCCUAAUGGAGUUGUGUAUCCAGCUCAGUAUAAUCAUGUUGGGCAAGCAGCUGAUCCAGAACAAUUUGUUUGAGAUUGGCAUCCCAAAAAUGAAGAAGUUUAUACGAUACUUGAAAUUGAAGCGUCGGCGUUCUCUAGACCAUGAAGAGCACAUGAAGAAAAAGCAGCGCUAUGAAGUGGACUAUAACCUGGAGCCCUUUGCUGGACUCACCCCUGAGUACAUGGAAAUGAUUAUCCAGUUUGGGUUUGUAACUUUGUUUGUUGCCUCCUUUCCUCUGGCACCUUUAUUUGCUUUAUUGAACAACAUCAUUGAAAUCCGUCUGGAUGCCAAAAAAUUUGUUACUGAGCUGAGGAGACCGGUAGCAGUGAGAGCAAAGGAUAUAGGAAUCUGGUAUAAUAUCCUUAGAGGUAUUGGAAAGCUUGCUGUCAUCAUAAACGCAUUUGUGAUCUCAUUCACAUCCGACUUCAUUCCACGCCUCGUGUACCUGUACAUGUACAGUGAGAAUGGCACCAUGCAUGGCUUCGUCAACCAUACACUAUCCUCUUUUAAUGUCAGCGAUUUCCAAGCAGGAACAGCUCCCAAUGACCCCCUGGAUCUUGGCUACGAGGUUCAGAUAUGCAGAUACAAAGAUUAUAGAGAACCCCCCUGGUCUGAAAACAAAUAUGACAUUUCAAAGGAUUUCUGGGCUGUCCUAGCAGCAAGAUUGGCAUUUGUGAUAGUCUUUCAGAACUUGGUCAUGUUCAUGAGUGAAUUUGUUGACUGGAUUAUCCCAGACAUUCCCAAGGACAUUAGUCAGCAGAUUCACAAGGAGAAAGUUCUCAUGGUGGAGGUCUUCAUGAGGGAAGAGCAAGGGAAGCUGCACAUGCUGGAAACCUGGAAAGACAAGGACAAGAGAAAAGGGGAAAACUGUAACAACCACAGCCCCAGGCUGUCCAGGAGCCGCAGUGGGAGCUUGUCCUCCUGCCAUUCCUAUCCUCUGGACGUUUAGGAGAGGAGGGAGCUGAGUCUGUUGGGGCAUUCCAGAGACAAAAGCCAUGGCGCCAAGGGCAGGACUCCAGUGACGGACACCCCAGUGCAUGUCGAAGGAUGUGCUGCCAUUUCGCUGCCAUCUUUAUGAGAAAUGCCCUUCUUGCAAACAUGGAGGACCACGUUCUAUUUCUGACAAUGUUGGGGUUUUGGUUUGAUUGUUUUUUUCUUUUGCACAAGCAGUAAUGCAGGGAGAUUUUAUAUUUCAUCCUUAGGUAACACUAUCGACAUUGGCGUGCAUUAAGAAAUGCAGGUAUUUAGGACAAUCUUGCUAGAGAUAAUCUGAUCUUAGCCUAUCAAUCAGUUAAUGAAAUAAAGGUAAAUUUGAAUAAUAAUAGUAAUGCUAACUUGAACUAUUUUUGUAAACCCAGCUUCAAAGAUCCAUGAGGUAACUCGAUAAAUGAUAUGCAAAAUCAGUGUUCCCUAGUACUCCAUAAAGCCUACCGGGCUGACUUGCUUCCCAAGGCUGGGUUUAGCUCUGUGGAUCUGAGCUUUGGAGCCCCACAGGUGUGGGGGGCACUUGUGGCAGACUGCUGUGUCCUGCAGACCCUCCCCAGGGCACCACUGCCUUUAGAAACAUCAGUGCAGGGAAUCUGGGAAGUGCUUUCUUGGCAGCAGCAGCAGCACAAUUCCAGAGAUCCAUCCUCUCAGCAGGUCCAUGGUCACAGAGCAUUUUGUUUAAUGCCCUGAGUUAAUGAGCACACGGAGAGCUCCAGUGACUCUCCCUGCCCUGCCAAGCACUUGGACACUGCUGUUGCCGAGGAAAUUCCCUUUUCCCCAUUGUUCCAGCACACCCCUGUCCCAGGCAGGCUUUUCCCUGUAGCUCUCUGGAGUAGGAGCAGGGAGUGCUUGCGCCCGUGUUUCACAGCCAGCUUUUACAACAGACUUUCUGCUGUUGGCUGGCACUUCCCAGAGGCUGUGCCAGAGGAGUAAAUCCCGAAUGCAUCCCACUUACUGUCUUCAGUGGAAGCUUUGCCUGCACUGGGGCUACAGGACCAGACCUUCAGUUAGUUACAGGACUUUUCUUUUGUCUUAAAAUCCUCUGUCUUCUGUACAAAGAGCUUUUCCCUGAAGUAUAAGUCUGAAAUCCUUACUUAUCAUGACUAGUUAAAUCCCAUCAGUACAGUUCUUUUUAAGCAUAAUACAUUUUAGUUUUGCUUUGUCGACCGAUAAACUGCACUUCCAAAUAAUAUUGGUGCAAUUAACCUAAUUUUUUUUAUUGCUUUGUCUUGUC